GAUAAAUUAUCUUGACGCUAUUAGAUACACUAUAAUCGUAUACUACCUAGGCACGUACUCUACAUAUUUCAAAAUGGGGCAGGCAACUUCAUCUAAUAGUGAAUCUGCACUUGGCCCUGACCUUCAAACUGCAUGUGAACCUGAAAACCGGAUCGAGCCCGUCGUUAAGAUCGACACAGCCAGUAUGUGUACCCAUGCUUAUAAAUUCGGCUCAAUGGUACUCACCUGGGCUUGGAACAGAAAAGUUACAAAGCCAGUUGAGCUACGAGUUUCGCUGGGAGCAAUAUUACCGGACAGCACUUAGAAAUGCUUUGAACUUCGGCCUUGACACCGCGUAUGGCAAGUCUGAAGGCCAAAUAUCCUGGGGAGAGCAUGACCUUGUCGACUUUCUCAGCUUUGCCGUUCCGGUCAAAUUGAAGGCAGACCUCGACGUUGCAGGUCCGCUUCUGCUAAAGGCGAUGAUGCGUCUAGGCCAGUUUCCGUUCCAUAACGGACAAACUCCUUCGACACUAGGAGCAGAUGAGUUCUUCGUCGCGUGCUUCUUUCUGCAACGGCGUUACGAGGAAUACUCCCAAGUGUAUGCUGACGAAUGGGACAACAAAACGUCGCAAAAAAUCCUUGAUAGAUGGUUCCAUCGCCUCCUAUUCCAGGUCAUGUCUAACAAGCCCGACUUCGGUCCAUGGCAUGAACUCCAGGGAGAGGACAAACACUUGGCUAGAAAUCCGGCAGACGAUGAAGAUCUCAUCAUGGCCCGCACAUUUGUCGAAGAAAGAAAUUAUGCACGCGACAUGAAGAGGCCCACGGUUCGAAUUCAGCUGCCGCCUGUGAUUGAAAUAUCGGAACUUCCAUCAUCGAGGUCGCGCGACCUUACCGGGACGGUUCCGAAGGAGGAGUUCCGGGCACUUAUUCGUGUACUCUGGGGGAUUCACAAUUAUACUUCGACCGACAUUUGGGUCGACGUCGUUGAUCAACUCAUCGAGACACAUGGUACCGAUUGGCACGGAUUUGAGGCAAUGCUUAUAGAGUUAGAGCCGCGGUUUUCUUCGGAAAUUAGUUCUUUACUCAAUGAAUUAUACCGGGAUCGAGAUAGGGAGAUGACACCAUACUUAGAGGAGAACCAGGACGUGUACUAGAUACCACUGUAUCCAUAGCGAGAGGCCUCGCACCGCCAAUAACGUAUACUCCAGAGUAAAAAUAUGUUUCCUUUGGUCAUCGAAGGAUAUCAAACCAGGCAGAAAGUACUAAGUAAGAAUCUUCCAGUGACCAACAGCGUGGGGGUUUGAGACGAGACUGUAGAACCAUAAUGGUAAGGUGUUAGAUCAGUUGAAAAUUGGCCUGUCCGUGUAAUAGGGAUUUUACUUGUGGCUGUAUAAUUUAGAAGUACACUUC